CACUCUUCUUCUAUCCGGCUUUCUCUCAUAUAUUAUCGACUAUUUGGUGGUUCAAGCCGUGGAAUCUGCUUUGUAUUUCGGUUUAGGAUCAAUUUUAUGGUCUCUCUGUCACGAUGAAAAGGAUACGGGGCAUUGCGGCAUCUGCUUUCCGUUGUCAUUUCUUCUAUACGUGUAAUAGUCAGACCAACUGUCAAUAACAUAAGUCAAGCAUGGCUUUGCCACUUACAUCUUCCAAGCGACCUUUUGAACGCUAUCCUAAUGAGCCGAAUGGAAGAGGAAAGUGGCAGAAGACUUCUCCAUCUGUUUCCCAGCCAAAUCAAUUCAAAGUGCCACCAGGGUCUGUAGUUUUUCGUGUGCUCUGCCCUUCUUCAAAGACUGGAAGUGUGAUUGGUAAAGGAGGUGGCAUUAUUGCAAAAAUACGUCACGAAACUGGUACAAGAAUAAAACUUGAAGAUACUGUUUUUGGCUGUGAUGAACGAGUUGUAACUAUAAGUGGUCCUGCAAAUUAUUCUAAGUUUAGAAAUGUCCAAAACAAACUAGAUGAUAGUGAUAGUAAUUCUGAUGACGGGGAGGAUAGUAGGGCUAGUGCAGAGGAUUGCGAAGAAAAGGAGGAUUCUUCCACUACUGAUAGUUCAAAGUCAGCGAAGGCAACAUCUUCAGUUCAAAAGGCUUUGCUGCUCAUCUUUGAGAGAAUAAUUGAAGGUGAGCAGGAGAAUGAUGAUGCAGAUAAGACUAAUAAGAAAUCUCAUUUUAUAAGAUUGCUGGUUUUGUCCAACCAAGUUGGUUGUCUUUUGGGAAAGGGCGGAAGUGUGAUCAAGCAGAUGUCGACUGACAGUGGAGCCCAAAUCCGUAUACUUCCCAGGAGCAAGCUUCCUUUGUGUGCAUCACCACGUGAAGAAAUUGUGCAGAUCGCUGGAAGUGUAGAGUCUAGAAGGAGAGCUCUCCAAUCAGUUUCUCAGAAGCUCACGGAGAAUCCACCUCGUGAUUGUGAUUUCCCUGUAGACGAUCUUCUCGGGUCAUCAUCACAUACAUAUGCUUCUAAUCCUCGCCCGGAGGCUUUUAACAAGAAAAAUUAUCUGCCCAUUCAAGGCCCACCUCAUCUUAAUAGGACGUCAUUUGAUGCCAAAGACAUUUCGUAUUUUCCUAAGUUUCACGAAGGUUCUGUACCAGGACAGAUGCCUGUUGCUCCAGAGGUUCUUGUCUUUCAAUUGUUGUGUUCCAAUGAUAUGGUUGGAUGUGUGAUUGGAAAGGGAGGUAAUAUUGUGAAGAACCUGCAGCAUGAAACUGGCUGUGAGAUUAAAGUCCUGGAGACUUCUGCCAAGACAGAUUAUCGCAUUAUAGUCAUUUAUGGUCCCGCGCUCCCAGGUGAUAGAAUAUCCCCAUCACAGGAUGCACUUCUUCGUGUCCUUCAUAGAAUUUUUAUAGAAGGUUCUAAGAGUGAAGAUAAUACUGCCAUGGCUCGGCUUCUUGUUGCUCCCAAUCAAGCAGGUUGUCUUAUUGGAAAAGGUGGUUCCAUAAUAGAAGAAAUGAGGAAGCUUUCUGGAGCCCAGAUUCGUAUUUUGAGUAAUGAUCUGGUCCCAAAGGGCGUGUCAGAACAUGAAGAAGUUGUUCAAGUAAGUGGUGAAUUUGGAACUGUUCGGAAAGCAAUUUUGCAAAUAACUGCGAGGCUCAGAGGUCUUCUUUUUAGUGAUAAAGCAUCUACUUUUCUUGAUCAGAUGUCUCCAUUUGGUUCAUACAUGGGCAGGGAACCUUCACCACCUCCAAGAUUAUAUGCCCGUCAUCCACAUGAGAAUAUAUCUGCUCUCGCUCAUCCACUUCAGGGCUCACCUUGGUUCAAUAAGGUUAAGUUAGGAUGGCAUUAAUCAGUUCUUGAUUGCUAUUUUGUUCUUUAGAAAAAGUACUAAUUUUAAUUUUUUUUUUUAGAAGUAAAUAUAUCUUAUAUACAUACGUUUUUGAUGUUAUUUGUGAUACUGAAGUGUUAGAGAAGUAAGUAUCAAAUAUUUUGAUGAAUUGAGCCUG